AUUAUAUUAAGGAGAAUAGUGUCUUUAUAAUUUUGCACAAGGGUAAAAUAGGAAAAUAAAAAAUUUUCAAGUUAACUGAUAUUUAUACGUAGUAUAGAUAUAGAUUUUUGCUUCAAAUUUAUUGGUUUAGGAAUUAUGGACGUAGUCUUGUUUUUGGCGAUUUGAUUUGUUGUUCCAAACAUUGGUGUACAAAGAAACUAAGAAAGAUUUUCGGGUGUAGUUUGGGUGGACCUUUUGCCGUUUCAUUGAGAAUUUCCACCUCGACAGUGUCGUGCAAUCUGAUUAUCUGAGAAAUGGUUAUUCCUUCGCCUGUCAGACCUGAAAGAGUUAUAAAGUUUCUUAAACCGUAUGUCCUGAAGAUUCACGUCACAAACAAGUAUGUAAAUGCCCAAGUUUUCCACACACCAACAGCGACAGUGGCCUCUGCAGCAAGCACACAAGAGAAGGCCCUGAGGAUAAGCAUGGGUAAAAACAACGGGAGUACCCAUGAUGUUAGUGCUGCCUCAAAGAUAGGAAAGAUACUGGGGGAGCGCCUGCUGUUUAAUAAUAUUCCCGCUGUUUCUGUAGGCUUCAAGAGAGAACAGAGAUACCAUGGCAAGGUGAAAGCGGUAAUUGAUUCUUUAAGGGAAGCAGGUGUCAAACUGGUUUGAAGGAAGACUUUACUGUUGGUUUUGUUAAUGUUAUUCCUGAGAACUGUUUCUUUUUUUUUUUUAUCCUUCUGUUUUGAUCAGUAGGAAAGAACGGGCAUGAACAUGGUGGUAUGGUUGUUCUAUUGUGAAUUUGGUGUCAUGUUCAAGCCAGUCUAGUAAUCUUUUCGUUUGUGGGAUAAGACAACAUAAAUGCAUUUGAUUCUCCCUAAAU